AUGAAUACGAAACAGUAUGUUCUCCGCAAAGAGAGUAAACUACGAGAAGUUAGAAGACCGAUCACAAGGGUCUUAAAGGAGUCUUAUCUAAAGAUGAAAAUAACAGCCUAUUUGGUACUUGGACUAGCACUAUUUGUGUACAGUGAAGCAUGUAGUGUAACCAUUGACAACAAAAGUGCAUACUCCGUUGGGUGGACUCUGAUAUAUGCAAGUGCAAUUAGAGAUCAAGGCAAUGUUGCUUCUGGUGCAAGAUAUACGAAAGAUUGUAAUACCUGUCUCCCAAGAGAUCUGUAUGUCACAUGGAACAACAGAAAUUGCUAUCUCUACCUUAACUGUAUCGACAGACCCACUGUUGAAGUAAAUAUAUACCCUCAGGCUGGAGGACAAUGGAGGAUGAGCCUCAGGAACCAUCAAACAGGAGAAACUUCAUUUUGUAACAUGCCAUCACCUGAUGAGCCAGAAUUGGAGAAGUUGGAAUAAGAAAGGAGCCUUUCUAUACACAUGUUUAAGUGCAUUGCAAAGGAAAGGCACAAAUCAACAUCAUUCUCUCAUUUAAUGCUUCUUUGUAAAUGAUUUAAUAUGGAAAGCUAGGCCCUUGAUUUAAGGUUAAUGUAAACUAAUUUUAAAGUGUUUGCAAUAAAAUCAGAAAAUAGGUA